AUGGAGCGUGGGCGAGGAGCUGGGGCCGUACUGGUGGUACUGGUGGUGCUGGGGGUGCUGGGAGCCCACCCGGCUGCAGGCGAGGAGCUCUCGGGGGUGUUCCAGGAAAAGGUAAAGUUUGAGUGUUACUUCAUCAACGGCACCGAGCGGGUGAGGUACGUGGAGAGGCACAUCUACAACCGGCAGCAGUACACCCAUUUCGACAGCGAUGUGGGGGUCUUUGUGGGGGACACCCCGUAUGGGGAGUUCCAGGCCAGGUACUGGAACAGCCAACAGGACUUGCUGGAGUUCAAACGGGCUGAGGUGGACAGGCUCU